CAGACAAAAAAGCCCAGCAUUCUUUCCCUAAACCCAGAACCCGAAAAUGGCGCAGUGUCUCCGCGGCAAGGGCGGCGCCGCCGCCGUCGAGGAGGCGCUCCGCAAGGCGGUCCCCUGGCGGCGCGCGGCCUCGGCGUCGUACCACCACACGAUCCAGGCGGUGCCGCGCGAGACGACCGGCCCGCGCGCGGCGGCGCGCGAGCGCCGCAACGGCCAUGUGCCGGCCGUGCUGCUCACGCUAGCUGGCGCCGGGCCCGGCGAAGGGGUCGCCCACCGGAAGCUCCUGACCACCGACAGGAAGCAGCUCAGUGAGAUGCUGAAGCAGUCGCCCUACUUCCUCUCCACCCCGGUCCGUCUCCAGGUCCGCGCUGGCGAGCGAUCCACCGCCGUCGUGCACUCUGGCACCGUCCUCCCAAUCAAGGUGCAUACAGAUGAAUCAACAGGGAAUAUAUUGAACUUGGUGAUGGUGCAAGCAGAUGAGGGAACAAUGAUCAAGGUGAAUUUGCCUGUGGUGUUCAAAGGAGAGGAUGUCUGCCCUGGAUUAAAGAAAGGUGGGUUUUUGCAGAAAAUAAGGACCAGCUUGGUGUAUCUCUGCCCAGCUGAGCACAUACCUCCGAAAAUUGAGGUGGACCUGACAAAUCUUGACAUUGGAGAUAGAGUAUUAAUGAAUGACAUCCCCGUCCAUCCAUCGCUCAAGUUACUGAGUAGAAACGAGACAAUGCCUGUGUGCAAGCUCUUGGCCUCAAAGCCAGUGGAGUAGGAACCAAUGCGAAUGUUUAGAGUUGAUGAUGAUGUACCUACCUUAGGUGGCACAGCUGCCUAAGAAUUUCAUUCCUCUCAUUUUGCUAGUGAAUGAACAGGGUGAAAACCAAUCCCAUGAGUAACCUUGGCUGUAACGUCAUAAAAUAAUAUAUCUUGGCUUUCUCGCUUCAGUGACAUACAAAGACAAAUAUUGGUUGGGGUGAGUCAUGCAUGGCUUAAAUUGCUCACCAGUCCUGUUA